AUGCUUCGUUUCCUGCUAUUCUUGUUUCUCAAUAGGCUGGAAAUUCCAAUACCAUUUGUGGUUGUCAAUCAGGUCAAGAUAUCGGCUACUGUGGGGGUUGGAAUGGCAGUUAUAAUAGUGGUCGUAAAAGAGGUUGCGAUGGUGAUGGUCGAUCGUUCCAAGCUCAUUUCAGGUGGGGUUAAGUUUUGUUCCAUUUCCAACCUGUUGCUUUUCGAUUCCAUGCUUCCCAAGGUAUUUUUCCAAGCCCACCUUCCAUCAAUCAGCAGCUUAAAAUCCACUCGGGCUCCACAACAACUCCAUCGCCCUCAUCAUUGA